AUUUCAAUUUUUUUUUCAAACUAAGAAUGUUAUAACAAAUAAAUAAAUUGUACUGGAAGGUUUGGGAAAUAAAAUAAUGCAACCUAGUAAAAGUUUAACAAUAAGCGACGAGGUUUCAUCUAUAGAAUAUUACAAAUAUUCCAAAGUUUUAUUUCAUGGCUAUGUUGCUCCGUUUUUAUUGAGCUAUGCUGUAUUUUUUCCGGUUUGGAUAUUCAAUGGUUUUUUUAAUUACUUUGAACUUGGCUGUGUUUUUCUUGUUGUUCUUGGUAUGAUUCAAGUUUUGGUUUGUUUGGCAUGUCAUUGGUCUGUCCAUAUUUGCGCUGCACUUACGUGCAAAAAAGUUACUCAUGUUCAGUUUGCAGAUAGAGUAAAAGUUAUUCCUACUCAAAAUAAUGGCUAUCCAGAGUUAGUUCCAAUUCAACGUGAAAAGGAUGAAAACAACAAAGAUGUAGUAUCUUUUAUAUUUCAAAGAAUUUGCUACAUAUAUGAUUUUGAAGAAAGAAAUAUGUUUUUACCAAUUACAUAUCCAAUUAGUGAGCAGUUUUCUUAUUAUCAAAAUAGCAAAGGAUACCAAGAAGAGGAGGAUGUUAAAGUUGUUCAAAGAAAGUUUGGAUAUAACAAAAUAGAAAUGAAAGUUCCUGCAUUUAUGGAAUUAUUUAAAGAAAGAGCUACAGCCCCAUUCUUUGUUUUUCAAGUAUUUUGUGUUGGGUUGUGGUGUCUAGAUGAGUACUGGUAUUAUUCUCUGUUUACAUUGUUUAUGUUGGUUACAUUUGAAGCAACUCUUGUUCAUCAGCAACAAAGAAAUAUGAAAGAAAUCGACAAUAUGGGAAGUAAAGCUUACCAAAUUCAUGUAUAUCGUUAUAGAAAAUGGAGAACUAUCUCAAGUGAAGAGUUAUUACCUGGUGAUAUUUGUUCAAUUGUUCGUUCAAAAUGUGACGUGAUGGUACCUUGUGAUAUGCUUCUGUUGCGUGGAUCUUGCAUUGUAGAUGAAUCUAUGUUAACAGGUGAAGCUGUACCACAAAUGAAAGAACCUAUCGAGUCGAAUCCAGGUAAUGAUAUAUUAAAUAUUGAGGAUCACAGCAAACUUCAUAUACUGAGUGGAGGAACCAAAGUUGUCAAUCAUACUCCACCAUCAAAAACAAUGGCUGGCUUAAAGUCUCCAGAUAAUGGUUGCAUUGGUUAUGUACUUAAAACAGGUUUCUCAACAUCACAAGGAAAGUUGUUGAAGACUAUAUUAUAUGGUGUUAAAAGAGUUACAGCAAAUAACCUAGAAACGCUCCUGUUUAUAGGCUUCCUCCUAAUAUUUGCAAUAGCUGCAGCUAGUUAUGUUUGGAUCAAAGGUACAGCAGAUCCUCGACGUAACCGCUACAAAUUAUUUCUUGAAUGCACUUUGAUUUUAACAUCUGUUGUACCACCAGAACUUCCCAUCGAAUUGUCGCUAGCUGUGAACUCAUCUUUAAUUGCUCUCACAAAACUAGGAGUUUUUUGUACAGAGCCUUUUCGUAUUCCAUUUGCCGGUAAAGUUGACGUUGUUUGUUUUGAUAAAACUGGAACGUUGACAAGUGAUGAUCUUGUUAUAGAAGGUGUUGCCGGUGUAAAUGAUGAUCAAAAAAUUCUGCCAGUCAGCGAUAUUCCAAUUAGUACAGUACAUGUUCUUGCAUGUUGUCAUUCACUUACAUAUGUUGAUGAAACAUUAGUUGGUGACCCGAUGGAAAAAGCUGCUCUUAAUGCAAUAAAUUGGACUCUCUCAAAAGGUGAUUUGUGCAUGUCUCGCAAAGGUCUUCGACAAUCUUUAAAAAUUGAUCAUCGGUUUCAUUUCACUAGUAACUUAAAACGCAUGUCUGUGAUUGCCUCUGUUCAUUCAGCAGAUUCAUCUGCAACAAACUAUAUUGUGGCAGUUAAAGGUGCACCAGAAACGUUGCAUGGAAUGUUCGUCAGUGUUCCAGAAUUUUAUGACAGUUUACACAAAAAACUAACUUGUAAUGGAGGACGCAUUAUGGCAUUAGGACAUAAAGAUUUGGGAUCAAUUUCACCAAAAGAAGUUCGUGAAAUGAAGCGAGAGGAUGUUGAAAGCAAUCUUAUUUUUGAUGGAUUCAUUGUUCUUUCAUGCCCAUUAAAGCUUGAUUCCAAAAGUACUAUUGCUGAAAUACAAAAUGCAUCUCAUUAUACCAUCAUGAUCACAGGGGAUAAUCCAUUGACAGCGUGCCAUGUAGCAAACUCACUAAAAAUGAAUAACAAAACUCUGCUAGUAUUGUUGAAGGAAACAACAUUUGUUGACAAACAUGCAAGUGAAGUUUGGUGCUGGAAAACAGUAGAUGAAAGUGAAAGGUUUUCACUUGAUGUACUGACAAAAAUUCUUAUUGAUAAAUACUCAUUUUGUUUGACUGGAGAGGCUAUUCAAUAUAUGCAGUUAUCUCCAUUUCUACGUCAAAAGUUUCGUGAGAUACUUAUUCAUUGCCGUGUGUUUGCUCGUGUUAGCCCAAAACAAAAGGAAUUUAUCAUUCAUGAGUUUAAAGACCUUGGCUUUGUAACAUUAAUGUGUGGAGAUGGAACCAAUGAUGUUGGAGCUCUAAGACAUGCACAUGUAGGUGUAGCAUUAUUGCCUGGCACAGCUGAAAGAAUGCCACAGGUUAAAAAAGCCAGUAAAAAGAAAAAAGAUGUAGCUGAAGAAAGUAAAGCAGUUCCUAGCAGUAAAGGAAUGAGCAAAGCUGCUAAGAUUCGUUCUGUUGCUCGUGGUGAUGUUUCAGUUCUUGCAAAAACACCUCUUGAAGAACAGCAGGCAAAACUUCGUGAAAUGUUACAAGAAAUUGACAAAGAAAGUUCGCAGGUUGUUAAACUUGGUGAUGCUUCUAUAGCUUCUCCUUUUACAUCACGAUACUGUACACCAUAUUCAAUAUGUCAUGUGAUAAAACAAGGACGCUGUACUUUAGUAACCACUCUACAAAUGUUUAAGAUUUUAGCAUUAAAUGCACUCAUACUUGCAUACAGUCAGAGCGCACUUUAUCUAGAAGGAAUAAAGUUCAGUGAUGGGCAAGCUACAUUGCAAGGGAUAUUACUAGCUGGAUGUUUUCUAUUUAUCUCUCGUUCUAAGCCUUUGGUUACUCUUUCAAAAGAACGGCCAUUACCAAAUAUUUUUAAUUUGUACACUGUUCUUACUGUGUUGUUGCAGUUUGGUGUUCACUUUUCAUCUCUUUACUUUGUUGUGAAUGAAGCAUAUGUUUUUUCUCCAAAAAAGGAGGAGUAUGUUGAUUUAGAAAAGAAAUUUGAACCUAACGUUAUCAACAGCGUUGUAUACAUUAUAUCUAUGUCUAUGCAGCUGUCUACGUUUGCUAUAAAUUAUAAGGGGCGUCCUUUUAUGGAAGACUUGGUUGAAAACAGACCGCUUUUUUAUAGCUUAUGCGUUUCGGCGGGUUCUCUUUUUAUUUUGCUUAUGGGUUGGAUACCUGAUAUUUCUAAUCAAUUCCAAAUAGUUGAUCUUCCAGAACAGUUCCGAAUGACGUUCUGUCGAGUGGUAAUAAUUGAUUUAGUUAGUGCUUGGUUGGUGGACCGUAUAUUAAGAUACUUAUUUGGGUCAUCGAAAUUAAAGACUUGUUAAUUAUAUUUUUUAAAGUUAAAAUUCAUUUGCUAGGCUAAAUAUAAUUUAGGAUGUAUGAAAUCAAA